AUGUACCUAUGGCUGAAGGGUUGCAGCAACAAGUUGAUUGUUAAGCUGCCAAAACGUGGUCGCAGUCCGGCACAAUGUGUUAGUGGAGGUUCCUUUGAGGACCCUGCAGCUGAUAAUAGCAGAGCUCCAUCACCUGUUCCUUCUGAGAAGCAUGAUCAAUUUGACCGAAAUGGGAAAGAAAUGAAUGAUACAUGUCGAGCUAAUUCUAGCCCUGAUGCGAAUACUGAGUCUUCGCAGAACAAUGACGUAAAAAAUCUAUCGACGGUUUCGGAUGAGGUAGCUGGUUCCCCUUCUGUUAAUGCUGGGGAUGAACACGGCAAGGCUGUUAAUGAUUCUAGUAAAGGUGCAGGUAUUGUCAAACCUACUUCUCCUAUGGUAGGAGAUGACGUCAAAACUGGAAAAAGGCAUGGUGGAUCGCAUAGUUCAAUGAAUGCCUUGAUUGAAAGUUGUGUCAGGGACUCUGAGGCAAAUGCUUGUAUGGCUGGUGCGGAUGAUGUUGGAAUGAAUCUUCUAGCUACUGUAGCUGCUGAUGAAAUGUCAAAAUCCCCUGUUGUAUCACCCUCUGUUUCCCGGGUUUCAGAUUCCGUGCUGAAUGUGGUGCCUGGCGAGCAAGCUGAAGCUGUUUCAAAGGAUCCCACCAUUGUUGACAUUGAGCAACAUGUCAGUAGUAGUGGCGAGCAGUUGGCGGCUUUAGAUAAUGUGGCUGAUUCUAAGGCAGGAGAUCUUGAUGAGAACUCUGAUUCAGAAAUCGAAGAAUUGCAAAGGUUGGUGGAUCAGUGCCUAGAAAGCAAUGAAAAUUCAGAUGAUGUUGCAUCAGAGAUAGGUCGAGCGGUAGAUACAACGAAAAAGACGAUAAACUCUGGCGUAAGUGAAUGUAAAGCCAUUGGCAUAAGUCAAAAUGCCGAUUCUUUGGCUGCUGAACAUUCUCCCUCUGACGUUGUUGGUGAUGAUAAGAAAGAAGAGAAACCAAAGGUGAUUUUGAGUUCUGAGCUAGUUAAUAAAAUGGGUGAAGGUGUAUCAAUUUUGUCAGAGGUUGCCAAGGAUAUAAGUACUGCAAAUGUUGACGGAUCAAUCACAGAAAAAAUGUCGGAUGAUGUUACAUCAGAUACAGCCCAAAGAGUGGCCUCAUCUGUGCCAGCUGAAAGUAAAGCCAUCGACUUAUGUCCUAAAGUAGAUUCUCUGGCUGUUACAAAUUCACCCUCUGAUGUCAGAAGUGAGAACAAGAAUGAGCAGAAAUCUCCGGUAGUUUUGAGUUCUGAGUUAGUUAAACAAUUGGGUGAAGGUAUACCAGAUUCUUCUGGGCUCUCCAAGAUCAAGCGUUUGGCAGCUCGUCUGGACUCACCUGCAAGUAACGGUGAACUUGAGCAUGUAGAAGCAUCUACUGAAGUCGAUAAACGGGGCACCACCGCAUUAGGUCCUCAAGUAGUAUCACCUAAAGUUGCAGAAGAUUGUAGGAGACCUAAUGGGUCUAGAGUGAGUGGUGCUAAUGGAGAUGAAGCGGAGGAAUGUACAUCUGUUGUUAGAGAUGUUCCUUCAGUUUCAGCUACAGCAGGGCCAGAGAUGGAAGCCAGAGUUGAGUUUGACCUAAAUGAAGGUUUUAAUGGGGAUGAUACACGAAACGACAAUGUAAAUAACUUCUCUGGAUCUUCAUCUUUGCCACCUACUCCUUUACAACCCAGUCGACUUCCUGUAUCCAUUACAGUUGCUGCUGCUGCAAAGGGUGCAUUUGUUCCGCGUGAUGAUCUGUUGAGAAAUAAAGCAACUGUUGGCUGGAGAGGAUCUGCUGCCACUAGCGCCUUCAGGCCAGCUGAGCCAAGAAAAGUCCAGGAGGUGGCGCCACUAAGCAUGAAUAAUGUGUCUUCCUCUGAUGCUUCUACAACCGCUGGCAAGCAAACGAAGACGUUUUUGGACUUCGACCUAAAUGUACCUGAUGAGAGAGUUCUUGAAGAUCUGGCUUCCCAAAGAUCUGCCAAUCCCACAAAUUCCUCUGGUGGCCUAGAUCUUGAUCUAAAUAGACUUGAUGAUCCAACUGAUUUGAAUAAUUAUACAAUAAGCAGUGGUCAUCGGGUAGACUCAUCUUUUCAGCAGGCAAACUCAUCUUCUGGUGGUCGUAGAGAUUUUGAUUUAAACGAUGGACCAGCUGCUGAUGAUGCAAAUGUUGAGCCAUCUAUGGUUUUUAGUCAACAUUCCCGAAGUGGCUUGACAUCACAGCCAAUGAUCUCCGGAGUAAGAAUGAGUACUGAGAAUAUGGCGGCUGGCUUCUCAUCUUGGUUUCCUGCUGCUAACAAUUAUUCAGCAAUGAGUACUCCUCAAGUCUUGCCUGAGCGAGGGGAUCAGCCUUUUCCGGUUAUUAGCAGCAAUGGACCGCAAAGAAUGGUUGGUCCUUCAUCUGGAGUUUCCUCAUUUACACCUGAUAUGUACAGAGGCCCGGUUUUACUGUCUUCUCCAGCAGUUUCAUUCCCGUCCACAGCGUUUCAGUAUCCCGGGUUUCCUUUUGGAACAAGCUUUCCUCUUGCCUCAGCAAAUUUUUCAGGUGCUUCAACACCAUACAUGGACUCUUCGUCAAGUGGCAGGCUUUGCUUCCCUCCUGUCAACUCUCAAAUAUUGGGUCCUGGAGUUGCCAUACCGUCUAAUUAUCCAAGGCCUUACGUCGUUAACCUCCCAAACGGUAGUAGCAAUGGUGGAGUUUCGGACGGCAACAGUGCAAAAUGGUUCAGAUCAGGUCUUGACUUAAACUCCGGACCAGGAGGGCAUGAAAAUGACGGUGGGAGAGAUGAAGCAACGCAUGUACAAAGACAGUUAUCUUCCUCUGGUUCUAUACCAUUGAAAGAUGAUCAAGCAAGAAUGUAUCAAAUGUUAGGUGGUGCUCUGAAGAGGAAGGAACCAGAGGGUGGAUGGGAUGGAUAUAAGCAAUCCUCAUGGCAAUAA